AUAAAUUUUACUUCUUUAUGUACCAAUCUGACUAAUGUCAAUGGCACCUCUUUUGUCUCCAGUAGAAAAUUAGAGUGCUCUCCCCCUGGAUUUAUAGAAUCUGUAACAAUCUUAGACAAUGUUGAUAAUUUCUAUAUCAUGAGUAAUUUUCCCGCAUAAAUAUUUUUUUAAUAAUACAAACAAUAUUUUGAUAAUUUAAGGGUAUUAAUUUGAGAAAUUUAGAUACAAUUUUUUAUAUCAUUUACUUGGCUGUACCGUAAGCGAUUUAUUGAUUACAAACAUGGCGAAUAUCAACUUGUCGACGGUCCGAUAACUCGCUGUGUGGCACUGUAGCAGAUUAGGAUGAUGUUGUGCGCUUCUCGUAUGGAGUUGGGUUGAUCGUCUUCACACUGGGAGUAUACUACAACCAUGGCAGGACUUAUAAAAAGUCAAAUAUUGAAGCAUCUUUCAAAAUUCACCAAGAAUCUCUCCUCGGACAAGAUCAAUGUGAGCACGUUCAAGGGAGAGGGGGAGCUGUCGAACCUUGAGCUCAAUGAGGAUAUUCUGACCCAGCUCCUGGAGCUGCCCACGUGGCUGCGGAUUACGAAAGCUGUCUGUAACAGGGUCGCUGUGAAG